AUGGUUUUCUGCCAGGAACCAUUAGAAAGAAACAAAAGUCGUAUAGAUGGUCUUAAAAGUAGGAAAGUUAACAUUCUGAGAGCACGUGAUGUCAGAGUGACGUCAACACUUUUUGUCAUUUUCCGUAUUGAGAAACCACAAGUGCUUGGACUUUCAUCAUUUAUGAAAAGUUCAUCUGGCCAGAAGACCAAUUCAUACAAUGAACAACAGUACACACUGGCUAUGCAGGCACUUGUCUUUUUAUGUCUGCUGAUUUUAAAAACAAAGCAAGUUGAGUUUUGUAUUCUCAGAAAGAUAAGGCUAGCAUUAGAGUUGCUAGUCCUGAAAUGUUUCUUCAAUCCCUACACAAGUUUCUUCAUCUGGCACCCACAAGAUAACAUUGAAAACUGA